GUUGGAAACGCUAACAUCUUCCACUUCAUUUUUGGAUCAGCUUUCUCCAUCUGCAACACUACAUCCACAGAUACAGAGAUGAGCGAUCAGGAAAUAAUUUAUUCAACCCCUGCAUUUCUUCAGAAUCCUUCAGAACUACAAAAUACAUUAAGGCCUGGUGGUACUCAAAGGCCUGGAAAAAUUGAUGGCAAAGAGUUUUCAGGACCCUCACAUCUCAUUGCAGUGGCUCUUGGGAUCCUCUGUUUACUUCUAAUCAUGAUAAUCAUAGUGUUGGGAACAAUGUUUUUUCAGUGUAAUCAACAAAAACAUCAACAAGAUGACAUUUUACAAAACCACAUUAUGCAAAACAACAACUGCUUAACAAAGCAACAUUUGGCAAAUACGACUCCAGCGUCUGACAUUCUCGAAAACAAAACAGUUCAGUGGGAAAAGAAACCGGUCUCACCAUUAAUAGAAGAGAAGACAUGUCAUAGAAAAAAGAAAAUCUCUUCAAAAUCUUUGCAACAUACAGGCAAACUCAUUGAAGAACUCUGGUCCUGUUGUGGGGUAAACUGUUACCUUUUUACCACUGAAAAGAAAAACUGGAUGGAAUGUAAACAGACUUGCCAAAAUAAAGGAUUAUCUCUUUUGAAGAUAGACAAUGAAGAUGAACUGGCCUUCCUUCAAUCCCAGACUUAUAAAAAUAACUACUGGAUUGGAUUGUCAUUUAAUGAAAAGGAAAGUAAAUGGGAAUGGAUUGACAAGGGCACACCUGGAAUUUAUGUUUCAAUAAUGAGUUGGACCUUAGGGAGAGGAGAAUGUGCAUUUUUAACCUCAACGAGAAUAGCAAAUAUUGAUUGUUCUAAAACCUACAAUUGUAUCUGUGUGAAGAACAAUGUUGUUAAUGACAUUCAUUAA